AUGGCCAUCCUCCACCUCGCUCUUGCUUUGGCGACCGCGACCGCCUCGGUCUUAGCUGCGCCGCUGCACGCUCUCGAAAAGCGCGCCCUGCCCAAGGGCAUCGACGUCUCGGGCUACCAGCCGAACGUGGACUGGACCACGGUCAAGGCGAACGGCGUGUCGUUCGCGUAUAUCAAGGCUACCGAGGGGACAAGCUACGUCAGCUCGGCGUUCUCGAGCCAGUACACUGGCGCGACGAAUGCGGGGCUGAUCCGGGGUGCGUACCACUUUGCGCACCCCGACGCCAGCUCUGGGGCCACUCAAGCGAAGUAUUUCCUCGCGCACGGAGGCGGGUGGUCGGGCGACGGGAUCACCCUCCCAGGCGCGCUCGACAUCGAAUAUAACCCGAACGGCGCGGAGUGCUACGGCCUCUCCGCGUCCGCGAUGGUCUCCUGGAUCAAGGACUUUUCCAACACGUACCACUCCUCCACGGGCAGAUACCCCGUGAUAUACACGACGACGGACUGGUGGACGACGUGCACGGGCAAUAGCGCGUCCUUCGCGUCGACGAACCCGCUGUGGCUCGCGCGGUACGCGUCGAGCGUGGGCACGCUCCCCGCAGGAUGGAUCUACGAGACAUUCUGGCAGUACGCGGACUCGGGCGCGAACCCCGGCGACCAGGACUACUUCAACGGCGACGCGGCGGGGCUGAAGCGGUGCGUGCAUGCAUUCUCCAUCCCCGUGUUGGUGGAUUCAGGAGGCUGA